GAUCUUAUUUCAUGUUUUUAUUUCAGAGAUGUCAGAGAUCUGCUCCAGUCCAGAUGAUCCAGAGGUCCGGAUUCUUCUGAUGGGCAGAUAUGGUUCUGGGGCAAGCUCAUCUGGAAACACUAUAGUGGGGGACAAGAGGUUUAAAAUUAAGAAGCAUGAGUCUGAAGUGUGUGAGGGCAAAACACAGAUUGGAGAGAAGCAGGUGCAUGUGAUUAUUUCUCCAGAUCCACGGGAUCCAGAUCUGUCUGUAGAGCAGCUGGAGGAAAUGAAAGUGGAGCUUGUCAAACGAUGUUCAGCAGGUCUCAGUGUGGCUCUGCUCACCGUUCCUCUAGAGCAACACGUGAAAAAUGAGGAAGAGAUCCUGGAAAAUAUUAAAGAUUUAUUUGGUCCUGAAGUUCAGAAAUACAUGAUGGUCCUUUUCACACGUGGAGAUGAGCUGGAGGAAAUGGAUGAGCCAUUGACAAUUGAGGAAUAUCUACAAAGCAAAGAUCAUGCAGAUCUCCAGGGACUGGUGACUAAAUGUGAAGGAAAGUUUCACUGUUUCAAUAACAAGAGUAAAUCAGACAGUCAGAUACAAGAACUCCUGAAGAAGAUUGAACGGAUGAUCAUGAAGAACAGAGGGAAACUUACCGUGAAACAAAUUACAAGGCGUGACAGCAAAAGAGGUUCUCCAGUCAAUUUUUCAGGAAAGUCUCUAGCUGAAGAUUCAGAUGAGUUUCAUAUGAUUCCUGAGAGGAAAGAGCAGAUCAGGCUGGUUCUGCUGGGAAAAACUGGAUCUGGGAAAAGUGCCACUGGAAACACCAUCAUCGGCAGAAAAGUGUUCAAAUCUUCAGCCAGUUCAAAGUCUCAGACGAAACAGCGUCAGUUAGAAACUACAGAGAGGAUGGGUAACGUGAUCUCAGUCAUCGACUCGCCUGGACUUUAUGAUACCGAACUCAGUGGAGAACAGAUUAAAUCUGAAAUAGUGAAAUGUGUAAUGUACGCUUCUCCUGGACCACAUGCUUUUCUUAUCAUCAUUAGAGUGGGUCGAUUCACUGAGGAGGAGAAAAAUACAGUGCAACAUCUCAAAGCAGUGUUUGGAGAACAGAUACUAAAAUACACCAUGAUCCUCUUCACUUACAAAGAUCAGUUAGAGAAGCAAAAUAAAACUAUUGAGCAGUAUCUAGAGGAAGGUGAUCCAGAUCUCAAAAAGCUUGUAGAAAGUUGUGGAAACCGAUUCUUCUGUCUGGACAAUGAGUCUGCCAGUUUCCCACAGUUCAAAGAUCUGAUCAGUAAAAUAGAGAUAAUGAUGGAAGAGAACAGAGGGACACACUUUACAAGUGAUAUGUUUGAGGGAGCAGAGAAAUUCAUUCAGGAUAUUCAGAGGCAGAAACUGAAUGAGAAAGUGAAGCAGUACAAACGGGAGCACAAACAGCUGAAUAAAACCGAAUGGAAGAAAAUAUAUUUGAGCUUAGUUGAGGAGUCACGACGAGAAGCUGAGCAAUCUUUUUCUGAUAGAAAUCUGCAACUCCUGGGGAAGACAGAGACCAGUGAGGAGGGAGCGAGCGACACGAAGGAAUCUGAGCACAAAGUAACCAGUCGUUUUAGGGCAGUUAUACUUGCAUUCACAGAGAGGAUGUGUGUGAUUCAGUGAAAACCACAAUGAUCAGAUGCUAGUGCAUCAAUAAAUCUCAGGUGGUGUAGUGGAGAUUACUUGACCAUUUUUUUUAGCUUUGAUAACUACAGUAUAAAUUUAAUUAAUUGUGAAACAAAUCUGAUUUAACGAUAAAGCAGACAACAAUACAGUCGUCAUUCAGCUCAAUUCAGUUCAAGUUUUGCUCUCAUCUGAAAGUCUCAGUGCAGUCAAAUAAAUGAUAUUACUGAAUAUUAAACCCCAACUAAUCAAGCCAAAGGCAACAAUGACAAUAGACUUAAACUCUAUCAGGUGACAGAAAUGGAGAAAAAAAUCCUUGGAAGAAACCAGGCUCAGGAACCAGUUCUGCUCUGGCCUAAUCCCAGUGAACCACAAACUUUGGUUACAUGAACAUUUACACAAACCUCAAUAUCUCGACUCAGGAUAGUUGUAGCUCCUCGUCUGUAAAGCACAAGAUCUUUCAAGCAAUAAACUUUACAAUAUGUGGACUAAUUGUGACAGAUUGACCCUUGAGAGAAAUUAUGGAUCUUAAUCCUGAUUCACUUUAUGCAGCUGUGCUAAAGUAAGAUGAACAUAUAAAACAGCUUCAAUCGGAGCUGAACUGAAACUGUGUAACAAGUGUCCUCAAUGUUGG